AGAUGAGCGCUGCGCAGCUGCACUGUACCUGCAGUUGUUACCAUAGGUGCGAUAGGAUACACAUAAUCUACAUCAAACUUCCACUGGCUCCGAUUCGAAGAUGAUUCUGAAUCUAUGACUUUGAACGCUUAUCUAAAAUACACCAGUGAUACAAAGGGAUGAUUUAAUCGCUGCCCACUUGAUUUCAUGGAGCUGGGAAUUGCGCACUGUUGGCCACUUUGGAUAGACUGAUCCCAGCAAACUGUCACUGAGCGUCGAGACGUUGUCGUCACCCACACACACCUGAAACUUCCUCAGAUCCUGAGCGCUUCGCCACCAGUUGAUGCCGAGGAUCAUGACUAUGAACGGUGACCACCAGUCGGUUGCCACAGCGCCGCUGGAUCUGCGCACCACGAACAGAGAGCGUGGGGGCGCCGGGUCGAGGAGUCCGGACUGCGGACUGGAAAGGUCGCGCGAGGGGCGCUCACCUGCACCCCCCGCGUCCACGGGAACCAACAGUUUGGAAAUACGCUGCCCCGCCGUCAGAAACGUAGCGGACUCAGGAACCGGUACUGCUCGCAAACGGCCGGCGGACAAUUCUUCCCUCAAGCUUCCUUUUAGGAAACGCCGGAUUCUUGUCGAGCCGGAGACCCAGACGCAGUCGCCGCCUCCUGCUGAGAGUGGAGACCGACUCUCCCCUGUGGAAGAUACGGACUUGACAUUUCGGGAGCGUUUGGCCGGUCGUUUGGAAAGACCCGCGGAUGAACACCGGGUCGCUGUAGCACCAGUGACUCCCAGGCGUCUUGAAGUGACACAGCAGAGUCAAGACAGAUGUCCCAUACGCAUUUUACACCCGAUUCAUUGCGGUUACCAAGUAUACUAUUUGCCCCCAGUCCCAGACCUGAACCACCCUCUGGCCCACCAAACCGAUAACCUGCUGGCUGGUAUCGCUCUGGCUACACAUCAAGAUGAAGAUGGAGACACAGCUCUCCAUAUAGCUGUGGUGCAGGGGCAGUUGGCCACUGUCUGCACACUGAUCCAUCUCCUGGUGUGGGCUCACAGAGGCGUUGAUAUCUACAACAACCUUCGUCAGACUCCCCUUCACCUGGCAGUGAUAACCCAGCAGGCAGACAUGGUGGAUGUUUUGUUGAGUGCGGGAGCUGACCCUGCUGCCUUGGACCGUAACGGCCAAACAGCACUGCACCUCUGCUGUGAAUACAACCAGCGUGAAUGUAUAUCUGUCGUGCUCUCUCAAUCCUCAUCCUCCACAUGCUUGGAGAGCAGAAACUAUGAAGGUUUGAGCCCUCUCCAUCUGGCUGUGCUGCUGGGCCAUAAGGAUUUAGCCAGAAUGCUGCUGGAUGCAGGAGCUGACAUCAAUGCAAUGGACAUCAAAAGUGGCCAGAGUCCUCUCAUGCAUGCGGUGGAGAGCAAUAACGCAGACAUGGUCCACUUCCUCAUUGAGAAUGGCUGUGAUGUCAACAGCCAGUCAUACAGUGGGAAUACAGCCCUACACAGUGCUUGUGGCCGAGGUCAGGUGGACACAGUGCGGCUGCUGCUGAAAAGCGGGGCUGACAGCAGCCUCAAGAACUACCACAACGACACCCCUGUGAUGGUGGCCAAGAACAAGAAAAUAGCAGAUGUGUUACGAGGGAGAGGCUCCAAGCACAUAAGAGUUCAGGAUCAACACAUUGUGUCAGUCUCACCACACGGAAGCAACUUAACGGAAAAUGGGUCCCCAUCUCCCAGCCAGAGUCGUGGAUGUUCACCUUCGACUACACCACACACCCCUCAUCACGGCACCUCCCAUUCUCCAAAGACUCUAUCUAUGCCUGUAUUUCCAUCAUACUAGCUCUAAAUAAUUGCCCAGUGCAACUUGCAACUACCUCUACACAGCCAACCAACAAAGAGACAAUCAAACUUCAGUGCCCAAAAUGACACCCAGAAGAAAGUCUCACCAGUGGGGGGACAGAACAGCUAAUAGACUGAACCUGAAAUUAGACUUCCCUACAAACUGACCCUCUUCUCGUGGGCUUCAUGACAAAAGACCAUCACAGUUGGCAUCCUUGGGCUUUGAUACAUGGAUAAAGUGCCUGCUUAUCCACAUUCUGCACUGGGCACUCCCCUUGUGACUGGGAGCAAACUGGUCACCCACAAGCUGCUGCAGUGAUCAGCUCCACUUUUUGACAUUUUGAGUCUUUUAAAAUUGUAUCCAGUCUGCUUAUUUUAAGGCUUAACAGUGUUAACUUGACAUGCUCAAUUAUGCACAUUCAAAUCCCACCUUUAUGCUAUUUUAAUUAUCUAGAACCACUUUACCUUUUAAAUCUGUUUGUGUGCAUUUGUGCCUGUACGCGUGUUUGUUGUUUUCUCUGACAAAAGUUGUUGAAAUUUUUAUAUAA